GGCCGCCAAAACAACACCCGCCGAGAAGCGCCGAAGAAGAAGAAGCGGGAAGCAAACCUGCGUCUCAGCCUCAGCAGCAGUUGCUCCAUCGUUAGCUUAAAGAAAUCUGUCCAACAUUGUUGCGAUUGCGCUUGAUUUACGCGACACAGAAGCCUCGAAUUCGUACGUUAAAUGUGACUUUUUUGUUUUGUAUUUAAGGACCGUGUGCGCGCGCGGCUGGCGUCUGUUAGCCUAGCAUCCUGGUAGCUAGCAGCGCUCCCCAUACAGCUUGCUAGCAUCAAACCUGCGUUGUUUUUGAAGAUGAAUUUGGUCAAAAACAGAACUUUGCACCCACAUUUGCGCGACGAGGAAGCUCUAGUGGUGGAAAACGCCAUCCGAUUGGCGAUCGACUCGAUAAUAAACGUACUGUAUGGUGUCAACAGUGCCCGGACUCAUGAGUACCAGCGGAUGGUGGCCGACAGGGAUAAAGAGAUCCAGCGGCUCGAGGGCAGGUUGACCGAGAUAGAGCACGAGCUGCAGGUGCUGCGCCGCCAAGGAUGCACCUGCGGGCUGUUUGGAAAGGAGCACAGCCUCGUCGGGUCACACAUACCCGGUGACCCGCAGGAGGGAGAGCAGUGCGGGUUUGAGCCAAGCUGCGUGGACACAGAGAUGACAGCAGGGCAGCAGGAGUGUGAAAUGAGCAUCUCAUUGGGCCUUUUUGGGAGACCCCCCUCACACGUCUCCUCCCAAAGCCACGAGUCAGCUCUCCCAUCAUCCCCGAGCAGAGUGGGUCUGGACCAGUGCUGCACCUCCCACUCCUCAGAGUCCUCAGAGGCAGCCAGGAAUCUGCCUACAUCUCCCAGCAGCCUCGUCAUCAAAGAGGAGCCAUGUGAUAUCGACACGGUCUUAAUCAAAUGGGAAAUGAGUGAAGAGAGAUGCGGGGAGCAUCAGCAGAGCACAGGCAGCCCAUGUCAGGACAAAGAGAGCCCCACCUCGAAAAAAAAACUGGAGAACAGAGAGGGGAGAAAGAUCAGGGGGAACCCUCGUGCAGACCCCGGUGGACACUGCGACCCUCAAGGAGAACAGCUGAGAAAGCCACGAGAAGUGUUUUAAAACCAUUGAUUGACCGU